UGUGAGUGAGCGCGUGCGCGCUUUGUGUCCACGCACCGCGAGUGAACGCGUUUUCUCCAGACAGAGCUGAGGACAUUAACCCGGGUACACGGUCUACUCCCGGGACAGAUUCCUUACUAUAAACUUAAAAGGAACGGGACACCCGGGAUUAUUUUGAGACAUCUUUUCUUUCUGUGUCCAUCAGGCUCUCUGCGUUUAUUUUUAUUCUGUCCUUCUGUGUGUGUGUGUGUGUGUGUGUGUGGGAGAAAAGAGGAGAGAACGGAAUGCUUGAAAGCAAAUGUGAACGGAAAGUGUGAGCAGUGAUCCUAGGGAGCGAGUGGACACGCAGAGAGAGAGAGAGAGAGAGAGAGAUGGGCAAAUCCAACAGCAAACUCAAGCCAGAGGUGGUGGAGGAGCUGACCAGGAAAACCUACUUCACUGAAAAAGAAGUCCAGCAGUGGUACAAGGGUUUUAUUAAGGACUGUCCCAGUGGGCAGCUGGACUCAGCUGGCUUUCAGAAAAUUUACAAGCAGUUUUUUCCCUUCGGGGACCCAACCAAAUUUGCUACGUUUGUCUUUAACGUCUUUGAUGAGAACAAGGAUGGACGCAUUGAAUUCUCUGAGUUCAUCCAAGCGCUUUCUGUCACCUCCAGAGGAACACUGGAUGAAAAACUUAGAUGGGCCUUUAAACUUUAUGACCUUGACAAUGAUGGCUACAUAACACGAGAUGAGAUGCUGAACAUUGUGGAUGCCAUUUACCAGAUGGUGGGAAACACAGUGGACCUUCCAGAGGAAGAAAACACACCAGAGAAAAGAGUGGAUCGUAUUUUUGCUAUGAUGGACAAGAAUGCAGAUGGGAUGUUAACGCUACAGGAGUUUCAAGAAGGCUCCAAGGCAGAUCCUUCCAUUGUACAGGCACUGUCACUUUAUGAUGGUCUUGUGUAGCCUGCUUCAACAUGGCACACAGCCAUUCCGACAAUCCAUUUUUGCCAUCCUGCUUGCUCUGUGAGAGAAGCUGAUGUGUUCUCUGCUUUCCCACACUUGCUUGGACCAUGUACUGCGUUGGUGCACCGUGGGGGACGCAUGUGGAUACGGCUCAGCUGUCAAUUAUUCAUCUGCAUAGGCAAAAACACAGGUCAAGACAAUAUCACAGAUUGUGCCAUCCUCUACAGAAUUAUUCUCAAGAUUCCUGUGAAUACAAUGAAUUAACUGAUGUCCUUUAAAAGAGAGAGAAGUGCCCAUGCAUGAGCAGUGCACAUUUAGAAAUCAGUAUAUUACUGACUACCAGUAGACCCUUCCAUUUUAUUUUUAUUUUUUCAGUGGAGCAGGAUAAAGACAUUCAGACACAUCAAACUCUUGAGGGGCCUCCAAACAGAACAACGUGUUCCACAGACUUAUAAUAAAUAUAAAUAUAUCAAAAUGAAGCAAACUUUAAACUGUGUUAUUGAAUUGUAGACUAUGGACAAUGACAUGAAAGGCUGUGAUUCACUGGACCUGAUAGGCCAGUCUUUUUGAAGAUCAAAUGAAAAUGUAUUAUAUUUGGUUUCAUGUAUUCAGAUAUGCAUCCAGUAUUUAAUUACCUAUUUAUUUAAUCGUUUUAAACUGUUCUGGUCACAUUUGUGGUGUAAAUUACUGCUGCAACCUGUGCUGCUCUUGUGACGCUUCUGUGAUCAUACUGAGACUUGUGACUCGCAUUAAACACUGAUGUGGUGAUGUAUUGCUUCUCCAGCUAAACACAGCUUAUUAUGGACCUAAAAAGGUAACAGAAGACGCAUUUUAAGUCUUGGUUCUUGUGUCUCAGAAGGAAGUGUUCUCCAUUCAUAAAUUUUUUUUUAAGUUUUUAGAUUAUUGAUGUUUUUAUAGUAUAUUUUGAAAAUUCAAAAAAAUCAGCUUUUUUCAGUCCAUUUCAGUCCUCUUUUUCAAGCCACUCGCUUAAUAGAAAUUUGUAGCCAAAAGAUUCUAAUCUAGCAGCCUACUCUUGAUAGAAAAAAGAACCCUUAAAUCUCAAAUGGCACUGAUCUGUGGUGGAAAUGCAUCUCUUUAUAUGGAGUCCUGCGAAAUUUUACAGCUACUGGAGUAUAGGAAUGACUUCGCUAAAUCUGCAUACGGUGGUACCUCUGCAUGCGAAUUAAAUCCAUUCUAGAGGUGAGUUCUCGAGCUAAAUUUUAUAUUGUGAAACGCAUUUUCCCAUAGGAAAUAAUGUAACUGCAGAUAAUUUGCUUCAACCACCCAAUAAAUGUUACCAAUAUUAAUAAUUUUAUAUUAAUAAUUUGAUAUUGGUGAAUAAUCAUAUUUCUCCAUAUAAAAACAGACAAGUAAAUGAUGUAAAAUAUUCAAUUAAACCUCACUUAAGCUUAAUUUGUUUCCUCUUGGUACCAGCUGCAUUAAACCAAAACUGAAGGUGGCUUCCUUUUUUCUUCAUAACAUUCUUGGGACCAAUAGUGCUACAUCUUCACAAAAUUGUUCACAAAAUGCAAAAAAGCCCUGAAAAUAAUUAAGUAAACUCACUUUGUUUGGCUUUCCACUGACACAGACACGUUUUGAAUGGCUCCUGGAUGUACGCGCAACUUACUGUGUGUUCGGUUCAGCUCAGUUAGUUCACUCGUAUGCCUAAAAUGUUUCAUAUGUCGGAGGAAAUUUCCUGCAAGAUUUCAGAAAAAUCUUAAAGUGGGGUGUCUGUAUAACGAGGUAUCACUGUUUUAUUAUUUUUGGUCAGAGAAACACCCGAUUAUAUGUGUCUGGGGUAUUUCUUUGCCUUACCCAUUUUAAUUUUUUUUUUAUCAUUUAUGUUUAUAUACAUCAAAAUGAAGUAAAAUUGAUUUCAUUAUUUUGCAUAGGUUGUGUUGAAAAAUGGAUCUGACCAUCUAUAUUGCACAAUCCUGAAGCCUGUAUGUAUUCAUUAAAACAUAGCAAUGCAAAAAUGGUUUUAAGGGUUAAUUAGGUAAUGCUAGAUAAAACAACGCUUACAUCACGUCCACAUUAUGGAGAAGGCACACCAGUGUGGCAUCCAGAAGAUUCAUAUCCCUCUGUACAGAAUCACAUCUUGCGGUAUUAUAGUCUGUAAUAUGUUAACCUGUUGUAGUAACAAAUCACAAAUAAAAAGGAUGUUGUACAACAGGACAGUAUUUGAAUAAACAUUACAUUGUACAGCAUGAAAUUGUAAAGUACAGUAGGUAUCCGUUCCCUGUUCGUCUACACAAACUGCUGACUUUUCUGUUCUGUUUUUUUCUGCAAGUAACAGUUCGUCUUACAUAUACAGUUAGGCCCAAAAAUAUUUGGACAGUGACACAAGUUUUGUUAUUUUAGCAGUUUUUACGAAAACAUAUUCAGGAUACAAUUAUAUAAUCAAUAUGGGCUUAAAGUGCAGACUCUUAGCUGUAAUUUGAGAGUAUUCACAUCUAAAUUGGAGCAAGGGUGUAGAAAUUACAGCUCUUUAAGACGUAGCCGCCUCUUUUUUAGGGACCAAAAGUAAUUGGACAAUUGACUCAGAAGGCUAAAAAAAAUAAAUAAUAAGGCUGCAUGGGCUCUUCCCUCAUUAACCUGUCAUCAAUUAAGCAGUUUAAAGGUCUGAAGUUGAUUCCAGGUGUAGCGUUUGCAUUUGGAAGAUGUUGCUGUGAACACACAACAUGCGGUCAAAGGGGCUCCUUUGACCGCAUGUUGACCGCAUCCUGAGACCGCAUGUUUGACCGCAUCCUGAGGCUGAAAAAAAGAAAAAAAUCCAUCAGAGAGAUAGCAGAAAUGUUAGGAGUGGCCGAAUCAACAGUUUGGUACAUUCUUAGAGAAGAAAGACCACUUCAUAAAACCACUUAAGUGAAGAACACUCUCAAGGAAGUAGGUGUAUCAGUAUCUAAGUCUACCAUAAAGAGGAGACUUCAAGAGAGUAAAUACAAAGGAUUCACCACAAGGUGCAAACCAUUAAUCAGCCUCAAAAAUAGAAAGGCCAGAAUUGACUUUGCCAAGAAACACCUGAAUAGCCAGCCCAGUUCUGGAACAGCAUUCUUUGGACAGAUGAGACUAAGAUCAAUCUUUACCAGAAUGAUGGGAAGAAGAAAGUUUGGAGAAGACUUGGAACAGCUCAUGAUCCAAAGCACACCACAUCUUCUGUAAAACAUGGUGGAGGCAGAGUGAUGGCAUGAGCAUGCAUGGCUUCCAAUGGCACUGUGUCACUUGUGUUUAUUGUGGAGUGUGACAAACGGCAGAAGCAGCCAGAUGAAUUCUGAAGUGUAUAGGGAUAUACUUUCUGCUCAGAUUUAGCCAAAUGCAGCAAAGUUGAUUGGACGACCUUUCACAGUACAGAUGGACAAUGAUCCAAAUCAUACUGCAAAAGCAACCCAGGCGUUUUUUAAAGCAAAGAAGUGGAAUAUUCUGCAAUGGCCGAGUCAAUCACCAGCUCUCAACCCAAUCGAGCAUGCAUUUCACUUGCUCAAGACAAGACUUAAGGCAGAAAGACAGCUGCAGUAAAGGCCUGGCAAAGCAUCACAAAGGAACCCAAGACUACUUGGGUUCCAGACUUCCGGCAGUCAUUGCCUGCAAAGAAUUCUCAACCAAAUAUUGAAAAGUAACAUUUUACUUAUGUUUUUUUGUCUAAUUACUUUUGAGCCCCUGAAAUGAGGAGUGUUUGUAUAAAAAAUAGCUACAAUUCCUACAUGUUUAAUUGUAUAUUUUUGUUCAACCCCUUGAAUUAAACCUUAAAGUCUGCACUUCAAUUCUGUUGUAGUUGUUUUAUUUCAAAUCCAAUGUGGUGGCAUGCAGGGCCCAAAUCAUGACGAUUGCGUUACUGUCCAAUUAUUUUUGGGUCUAACUGUAUAUAUAUAUACACUCGAACUGUAUUAUGUAAUAAAUGAAAUAUUUUAAGAACGUUAAGGACUAUACUGUUGUAAGUCUUGCAAGUACAGUACAUGUACAUCAUUUGUACUUGGAGAAAAUUGUAAGAAUAAAAAAAAAGACAUCAAGGGCAGCUGUCUACAUAUAAACCAACCCAUUCUGGUCUCCUUAGAGAAUCUGAUGUUCUGCUUGUUUCUUUUAAGGACUCAGCAUUGGAAAUUGUGCAGUAAUGCUAACACAGUCAGUGAAUACACCCAGAUCAUACAGAAUGUAGUAACGUGUUACUGGAGUUCCCAAUAA